GUAUUACAUUUAACCUCUUUUGCACGAAGAAGGGGAAAACUACAAAUCUGUCUCUGCUAGGAACAGGGGCGCCAGAUAUUGCUGGGCACCGUUCAAGUUAAUUAUAAAUUAAAUAUAAUUAUUAACGUAAAAGAUAUAAUUAUAAAUAAAAACGCGAUCAUCAUUCCUGUAACCAUUUGAAAUGCCUGGUGACUUAAAAACAGAAAGUAUGUAUACCUCCGAAAAACAUGGCAGCGAUGAAAAUGGAAAUGGUAGCGAAUCGAAGCCGUUUAAAACAAUUUUACAGGCCAUGCGGGCACAUGGUUCUGAACCGUUUCCCGUUAUAUAUGUUGAUGGGAAAGAAGAAGGUAUAAAAUUUGAACCUGCCGCUAAAUCACAAUUGAAAAAAAUCCAAAAAAUCUGGGUUCGUGAACAAUAUAAACAGUCUGAAAAGUUAAAAAAAGAUGAGGAUGAUGCUGAGAAGCGUACGAAAAAUCUUGAGGAAGCUAAGAAAAUUGUCAUCACUGAAGAUAAAACAUUGCCAGCUGCUAAACAAAUUAAAAUAUUUCAAGGAAAACAACAUAGAAGUAUCAGAAUAAAAAUUUAUGGAUGGGUUCACCGCAUCCGGCGCCAAGGAAAAGCCUUGAUGUUCAUCUCUUUGCGUGACGGAACUGGUUUCCUUCAGUGUGUAUUGACCGAUAAAUUAUGUCAAACACAUGAUGCACUUGUUCUGUCCACGGAAUCAUCUGUGUGUCUAUAUGGAACAUUACUGGAAGUACCUGAAGGGAAGAGUGCACCAGGCGGUCAUGAACUAAAAGUUGAUUACUGGACAGUGGUAGGAUUUGCCCCAGCUGGUGGUGCAGAUUCUAUUUUAAACGAAGAAGCUUUGCCCGAUGUACAAGCAGAGCAAAGACACAUUAUGAUUCGAGGUGAAAACACUUCUAAAGUGCUUCGAAUGCGAUCUGUUUUGAUGCAGGCUUUUAGGGAUCACUACAUCGCUCGAGGAUACUGUGAAGUUACACCACCCUCCAUAGUUCAAACACAAUGCGAAGGAGGGUCUACUCUUUUUAAAUUGGACUACUUUGGAGAAGAAGCUUAUCUGACUCAAAGUUCUCAACUUUACUUGGAAACUUGCCUGCCAUCUAUGGGGGAUGUCUUUUGCAUAGCUCAAAGUUUUAGAGCGGAACAGAGCAGAACAAGAAGACAUUUAGCAGAAUACAGUCAUGUGGAAGCAGAGUGCCCUUUCAUCACUUUUGAUGAUUUGUUAGAUCGGCUCGAGGAUUUAAUUUGUGAUGUCGUUGAUAGAGUUUUAAAGUCACCUAUGGGAGAGGUUGUGUACGAACUCAAUCCCAACUUCCAAGUACCUACUAGACCAUUUCUUCGCAUGAACUACAGCGAAGCUAUCGAAUAUUUAAAGAAGAACAACAUAACCAAAGAAGAUGGAAGUUUCUAUGAAUUUGGAGAGGACAUUCCAGAAAUGCCAGAAAGGAAAAUGACUGAUCAAAUUAACAAACCGAUUAUGUUGUGUAGAUUUCCAGUUAAUAUAAAAUCGUUUUAUAUGUCCCGAUGUCCUGAAGAUAAGGGACUAACAGAAAGUGUAGAUGUACUUUUACCUAAUGUCGGAGAAAUUGUAGGAGGGUCUAUGAGGAUCUCUAACCUAGAAGAACUGCUUGAAGGGUAUAAACGUGAAGACAUAGAUCCAACUCCUUACUAUUGGUACACAGAUCAACGUAAAUACGGUACUUGUCCACAUGGAGGAUAUGGUUUAGGUUUAGAACGGUUUGCUUGUUGGUUACUGAACCGGUACCAUAUACGAGAGGUUUGUUUAUAUCCUCGUUACUUAAACCAUUGCAAACCUUAAUAUGCUUUGUCUGUAAUUUGUAUAUUAUAAUGCAUUUAUUGUGCUUUGUAAUGCAACUUUUCUCUAUUUGAAAUAAAUGUAAAGGGAUAUUUA